AUGCGGACGCCGGUGGUGAUGACGCUGGGCAUGGUGUUCGCGCCCUGCGCGCUGCUGCUCAACCUGAUCAGUACGCUGGCCCCCGGCUGGCGGCUGGUGAAGGGCUUCCUGGACCAGCCGGUGGACGUGGUGCUGUACCAGGGCCUAUGGGACAUCUGCCGCGAGCAGAGCAGCCGCGAGCGCGAGUGCGGCCAGUCGGACGAGCUGGGCUACUUCGAGGCUCAGCCCGUGCUGGUGGCGCGAGGACUCAUGGUCACUUCGCUGGCCGUCACCGCCCUGGGACUGCUGCUGGCGUCGCUCGGCGUGCGCUGCUGGCAGGAAGAGCCCCACUUCGCGCUGGCCGGCCUCUCGGGCGUCGUGCUUUUCGCCGCUGGCCUCUUCAGCCUCAUCCCGAUCUCCUGGUACAACCACUUCUUGAGGGACCGCACCGUCCUGCCCGCCCCGGCCAGCCCGGUCACGGUGCAAGUUAGCUACAGCCUGGUGCUGGGCUACCUGGGCAGCUGCCUGCUGCUGCUGGGUGGCUUCUCGCUGGGGCUCAGCUUUGCACCCUGGUGCGAAGAGCGCUGUCGCCGCCGUCGCAAGGCGCCCUCCGCCGGCCCGCGCCGCAGCAGCAUCAGCACGGUGUACGUGGACUGGCCUGAGCCCGCGCUCACGCCGGCCAUCAAGUACUAUAGCGAGGGUCAGCACCGGCCGCGGCCCGCCGAGCACAGCGCCGCCGCCAAGUCCAAGGUCGGCUUUCCGUUGCCACGGCCCCCGCCCAAGGCCUACACCAACCCCGUGGAUGUACUGGACGGGGAGGGGGAGAAGAGUGCCAGCUCCCAGGGCGCCUCCUCGCGCAGCACCCGGCCCUGCCUUAGCUCACUGCCCUGCGACUCCGACCUGUAG